ACUUGAGAACUCUCUAUGCUUAGACGCUUUUCAAACACAAAAGCAGAACAAACGUUUUUUCUCUCUUCCAAAUGGGGCCGACAACGUCGGGUGACAGAUCCGAAAUCUGCUUCUUCGAUCUGGAAACCACGGUCCCUCAGCGACGCGGCCAAGGCUAUGCCAUUCUCGAAUUCGGAGCCAUUUUAGUUUGCUCCAAAAGGCUCCUGGAGCUCGAAAGCUACUCCACCCUGGUCCGACCGGACAACCUCGCUUCCAUUUCCCCUUCCUCCGAACGCUGCAACCGCAUCACCCGAGAGGACGUCGCUUCGGCACCUUCCUUUUCAGAAAUCUCCGACAAAGUCCACGACCUUCUUCAUGGAAGGGUUUGGGCGGGGCAUAAUAUAGUGAGGUUUGAUUGCUUGAGGAUAAGGGAAGCGUUUGAAAAGAUUGGUCGGCCGGCGCCGGAGCCUAAGGGAAUUAUUGAUUCAUUGGCGUUGUUGACUAAAACAUUUGGAAGGAGAGCUGGUAACAUGAAGAUGGCAACUCUUGCAAACUAUUUUAAUAUUGGAGAGCAGAGACACAGGAGCUUGGAUGAUAUCCGGAUGAACCUUGAAGUUCUUAAGUACUGUGCAACAGUUUUGUUCCUGGAGUCGAGCCUCCCCGAUAUACUCACAGCAGAUAGUGUGGUUUCCCCAAGGCCGACUACAAGAAGUAUUAGUAAUAGCAAGUCAUCUCCUGAGGGGCCUAGCCCAAACAUGCAAGCCCCUUCAAGUUCAAUUUAUGAAAGUGUUCCAAAUUUAUCUCCAACAGAUAUAGAAAAUGGUGAACCCCAUCCAAUAAUCUCUCUUUUGACUUGCCACAUUGGAGAGGAAAUCCCAAGUUUAGAUGCAUCUGAUUCGGCUCAACCAGAUCCUUUUGACAUGAGUCGGCUCAGCAAUGAAAUAAAAACGGAGGCCUAUCAAUUAGAUGUCACCAUGGAAGAAAAACCUGAGCCAGAAUCUCCUGAGGUGUCUCUUGCAACAGCUGUUGCUGGGGGUUGCAGUGGUUAUGCAGGAUUCCUAGAGCCUGAUGAGGUUUCUGUAACUUCUAUCAGUGCAUCUCUUACACCAUAUUAUCGUGGCACUGACCGAAUAAAAUUGUUGCAUGAAGAUGUUGUUUUACAACUCUUUUGUUCUCGUUUGAGAGUGCGAUUUGGAAUUAGUAAAAAGUUUGUUGAUCAGGCUGGUCGGCCACGCUUGAGCAUCAUGGUUAAUGUGUCUCCAAGUUUAUGUAGGGUUCUAGAUGCUUGUGAUGCUGUUGCGAAGAAAAGAUUUGAGGAUUGUGGAAGCAGCUCUGAGUGGAGGCCUGUUGUGAACAGGAAAGAUGGUUACGUCAACUACCCAACUGUGAGACUGCACAUACCUACUGUAGUCAGCGGGGAUAUUGUCCAAUAUGCCACAGAGAUACAUCAGAAAGACAGCUCUGGUACUGUGCAAAAACUUGUAUUCAGUAAAUUUGAUGCCGCCGAGCUUGAUAACUUAUUUAGAACAGGGAUCUUUGUGGAUGCAUUCUUCAGCUUGGAUCCUUAUGAUUAUCAGCAGAGUGCAGGUAUCCGUUUGGUGGCUAAAAAUUUGAUUAUACAUUCUUACUAGUGGAGUAGAAAGGUGAAUCAGUACAAUUUCAGAUAGUUGCCAAAUAUGUAACAUGUCUCUGUUAGUCUGAUCCAUAGAUAUGAAUUGAUUUCUCGCAUUCAUAAAAAGUUUAGGAUGACAAAGGACACUGAUACAUUGUACCAAAAGAAAAAAGGAGAUUGAUUCUGCAGCUGACAAUUUAUGUAAUUGCAAUAAGUGUAACAAUGUUAUAUGCAGACUUUACACAGAUAUAAUAUAGACGCUGGUCCUAAAUUAAAAAAAAGAAAAAGAAAUUGCAAGAAGUUGAAACUUACCAACAA